AUGGAGAGAAAAUUUAUGAAUGUUAUUCUACUUGGGUUCGGAUUUAUGUUUGUUUUUACUGCAUUCCAAACUAUGGGAAACAUUGAGAAAACGAUUCUGGACAGCAUAAGGCAAGAUGACAGCACGUUUACAGCUGAUGGAUAUACGUCCUUGGCCAUCAUCUACGCGACCCUCGCUAUUUGUAACUGGAUGGCACCUUCCGUGAUCACAAUAACUGGGCCCAGAGGGGCAAUGCUUAUAGGAGCUGUGACUUAUUUAUUCUUCAUAAUAACAUUCCUGUUCCCUCGAACAUGGUUACUCUAUGUGGCGAGUGUCUUAAUCGGCGCAGGAGCAGCCGCUAUUUGGACCGGCCAGGGUAACUACCUCACACUCAACAGUGAUGCUGACACCAUAUCCAGAAAUUCCGGGAUUUUCUGGGCUAUGUUACAAUGCAGUUUGUUCUUUGGCAACCUCUUCGUGUUCAUAAAGUUCCAAGGCAAAACUCAUAUAGAUGUUGAGACCCGAAACGUGGUAUUUGGUGCUUUAACAGCAGUGUCUGUCGUUGGUAUUGUUUUCCUGCUGCUUUUGAGGCCGACACGACGGGCGCCGGCUAUUGACGAUGCCAAGUGCGAAAUCGUGGUCGAGCCGGAAGGUCCUUUGGAUGCCUUCAAAGGUGCCAUAAAGUUGUUUUGCACGCGGGAUAUGAUUUUCUUGAGUGCCGCUUUUAUUUAUACCGGUGUUGAGUUGUCAUUCUUUAGUGGAGUGUACAGUCCUAGUAUUGGGUUUACAUUGGCUAUGGGCGAGAAUGUUAAACAACUCGUGGGUCUCUCUGGAGUAUUCAUUGGAAUGGGAGAAGUUCUUGGUGGCGCCCUCUUCGGUAUCCUAGGCAACAAAACAACUCGUUGGGGCCGGGACCCAAUCGUGAUCAUGGGUUAUUUCAUCCACAUGACGAGUUUCUUCCUCAUAUUCAUCAAUUUGCCCAAUGUAGCUCCAUUCGGUGAUACAAUGGACACCUCUUAUAUAACACCUUCGCCAUACUUGGCCAUGUUGUGCAGUUUUCUUCUUGGUUUCGGGGAUGCCUGCUACAAUACUCAGAUUUAUUCCAUAUUGGGCGGGAAAUACUCUGACAAUAGUACCUCAGCGUUUGCGCUGUUCAAGUUCACUCAGUCAUUAGCUGCAGCAGCUUGUUUCUUCUACUCAUCGAAGGCCCUGCUUUCCGUCCAAUUAGGUGUACUAGCAGUUUUAGCGUCCAUUGGUACUGCAGCCUUUUGUCGAGUAGAAUGGUCUGACAGAGCCAGAAGUCGUCUUGCCGUAGACAAUGUUGAUGAAAAAUUGUCACCCGUCACUCACUCUCUGGCGGAAAACACGUUGCACUAUGACUGA